AUGUUCGAACCCAACUUGGAGAGGCUCAAGCUCCUGUACUCCGCCUACGACCUGUCGGGAGUGGCGCCCAGCGAAGAGCGACGGAAAUCGAGCCAAUCGAGCGGAGGCAGCAGCUUGAGCGGCGGAAACAGCACCGCGGGCGGCGGUGGCGGCGGCGGCGGCGGCGGCAAGGCCAAGCCGUCCCGAAGGAGCAAGUACCUCACCCUCGAGGACAUAACGGCCGUCCUCGCCAGCGCCUCGCAGGCAGCGGCCUACCCGGCCCUCUUGAGCUUUACCACGGACGGUAAGGGCGGCAUGACCACCGGCCACCUCAGCGGCGGGGGGGUUAUCGGCGGUGGCGGAGGAGGAGGCACCGGCGGCGAUGGCAUGUUUUGCUGCAGCUGCUGCUGGUGCUGCACGGGUUGCAACGGCGACGGCUGUAGCGGCGGAGCGGGAGCCGGAGGCAGAGGGGGAGGCGGAGGCGGAGGCGGCGACAACGACCGCGGCUGGUGUGGUGGCGGAGAGUGCAAAGGAGGGGCGGAAAAAUCACCCCGAAAUGGGGGGGAGGGUGGGCUCCCCUCAAAGGAGGACAGCCUUAGGGAUAGUGAGGAAGGAAAAAAGGAGGCGUGCGGCGGGAGGGGAGGGGGCAGCAGCAGCAGUAGCAGCAGCUGCAGCAGCGGCAGGAGCAGCAGGCGAGGUUGUAGCGCCAGGGUUAGCAGGGACCCGGAAGCGCUGGCGGAGCUCCUCCGGGAGAUGGCGCAGCGGAAUGCGGAGAGAUACGCGGCGGCGGCGGUGUCGGAGUUCGGCCAGGCGCAGGGGGGCGCCGGGCUGACUCAAAAGGAGUUCGAGAGGUGGGCCCUGACCGGCCCCGUCCUUCGGUGCCGCAUCAACGAGUUCUCGAUAGACCUCAACCUUGCCCCUUUCCGGGGGGUGCGGCUGUGGUGAGAGUGAAACGGGCAGUCCCUAAGAGGGGCGUGCGUUUUGGCAGGUAGGCUUCUGUGUCUUCCGGCGGCGGGGUGUUCUCUUCUGUUCUCUUGUGGUUGUCUGUCGGGGUUCUUGGUGGUGGCGUGGGUGUGGUGGGAAUGCGUGUUGAGGGUAGGCGGAGGAGGGGUUAUUGGGGCCAGUGUUCAGUGGGGGAGGGGGGGGAAGGACAGCGAGGAUUUUCAGCGUAGAGGAGUGUCUGCUUAUGGGGGUAGGGAUGUUUCGGUGCUGGUCUGGUCUUGACAACGACCUGGGUUGUUGCCCUACAGGUGGUCAGGUCCGGGGAGGGAGGAUGGUGCGAUCGGUUCACUCACGUGGUAUUAAUACUUUCGUACAAAGGACCUGCUGUAAUGCGUGCAAACUACAGAUAUGCAGGAGGAUCCAGAUGGCAUUGCGACUGUCAAAACCUCCCUUGUAAUUAUUUUGGCGGCUUGUUAGGCGUGGCAAGAGGUUAUUUACUUUACCAUCAGGUCGGGUAGGAACGGGAUGGAUGAACGCGCCUAAACCCCCGCCCCCGCCGCCGUCGCUCAUCAACUAGCGUACGUAUGAGUCUUGUGUACUUUGCACGUUUGCGCUAGGAGCUCACGUUGAAAUGGCUUGAGGCAAACAGACAAAUUGGGGAGGGGUGUACUAGUAGGGAAGGUAGGCUCUGUAGGUGUAUGACGUAGCUGUAGGCUGUGGGUAAAUCCCACCGACCCUCCGCGCGAUGCAAAGCGCGGAAAACUUGCUUGCAGCGAGCAAGCGCGUGCGAGGAGCAAAUAAAGAAGAAAAGUAGGGCGCGGUGAUGAGAAGGGGAGAUCGAGAUCUCGCAUGGCUCAGAUUUUAUCUUCUUGUUUGUUCUCGUGCCCAGGUGGUGCAGAUAAGUCAGUACAUAAUGGUGAUAUAUGGUGAGAAUUGAUGUCGGGUUGCGUGA